AUGGUCGAAGAGAAAGUUCAAGAUAAAUUGUCAACAACAAGUGGUCCAAAUAUUGGGAAUAGCAAAAAUAUGUUCGAUGUUACAUUCAGUUGCGGUGUAAGCGAUGCUGUUUUAUGUAAUAAGGUUAAGACUGCUUUCAUGACAGCUGGUGAAAUCAUUUCCUCGAGCUUGAUUUUGAAUACGGUUGUAACUGUAAAUGCUACAUUCACAGAUUUUUGUGCACAAAAUGUUGUUGAUUGCACUACACAAUCCGGCUUUGUUACUUUGGGAGGGGCAUCGCCAGCACGUACAAUAUUUUUACAAGAUGAUGAUGGAUUUGUAAGACUAUAUCCACAAGCACUAGUCAAACAAUUUCAAUUUCCAAAACAUCCAGGAUUUGGUCCAUUUGAUAUAUUUGCAAUGUUUAAUUCUGUCGGGUCAAAAUAUUGGUUUCAAGGUGAUCCUCCAAUAACCCCCGACCAACAAGAUUUCUUGUAUGUAGUGUUGCACGAAAUGGUUCACGGAUUAGGAUUUUCGUCAAAUUGGCUAAACGAUUUCUCAGAUGGAAUGACUCCUCAGGCAUCGUUGAGUGGAACAGAUCCAAAUGCGCCACUGGUUUUUCUUGGAUUUAUAGAAUCGGCAUUUGAUAAAUAUAUGAUAAACAUACCAAAAGGAACUCGAAUCUCGGCAUCAACCGAUCAAUUAAAUAAAUUUUCCGGUAAACCAAUUCCAAUAAAUACCGGUUUACCAUUUAAAAAUCAAGAUGAUUUUGUGAAUGCAUUCACUUCAUCACCAAACUACAAAUUAGCACAAAAUAUGUUAACAUUAUCAACAACUCCAAACAGUCUAGGAUUUUUACCACAUGAUACGAAUAAAGCUGACGAUUCAAUAGUGUUGGAGACCUCUUUGACACCUUUCCAACCUGGUUCAAGUGUUAGUCACGUGGAUUAUAAAACAUACAACAACACAAGUGAUUUUCUUAUGAAGUUUUUAGCAGAUCGUGGAACAGAUUUAAAUACAUUGAUUACAAUCCGCAGUGCUAACAAAACCGAUCAAAACGAUCUCAGAUUAGCGAUUAGUCCUAAAUUAAUACUUCUCUUGGAAACCUUGGGAUACACAACACCAAAUCAUCCAAAUCCAUACAAGCCGACCAUAGACAUUACUAGUAAUUCCUUAAAUUCAACCGAUAAUUCUAUUCAACCUGGAUCAACAGCAGCAACAAACACUGAUAACGCUAAUAAUACGAAAUCAGAUUCCAUGAUAAUUAAACCUAACUUAAUACUUACAUUCACUUUAAUAAUACUUUCAAUAUCAAUAAAAUCAAAAUAUUGGCCAUAA